AAUUGUCAUGAAGAAAUUACAGUCUACAAAGAUGAUGUGGAGGAAGUUGGGGUGUUGGCUCAGCAAAUACUAGAGGAAAGUCUCACUGCAAGUAGAAUGGGUAACCAGGCUACGCAGCUUACUUCUCGCUACCAAACUCUUCUUCUUCAUGUCUUGGAGCAAGUAAAGUUUCUGGAAGAAGAAAUACGCUGUAUGGAGGAGUCAGAAUUGGCUUUUAGUGCUUACACAAAUUGGUACGGAGCUACUAACAAGAACUUCAGAAAUGUGAUUGCCAAGUUUGACGUGGUUGAUAAAGCAGCAAUGGAGAAAAAAGUGCAGAAACUAGAGCUGCUAUUGAGUGAUAUGGACAUAGGCCACAGUUUACUGAAAUCUGCCCGUGAGAAGGGGGAGAGAGCUAUAAAGUACAUGGAAGAAAAUGAAGUUGACCAGUUAAGAAAAGAGAUUGGAGAUCAUAUGGAACAGCUGGAAGAGCUGGCUGGCUCCAUCAGGAAAGAGCACAUGACUUCGGAGAAGUGCCUUCAGCUGGCAAAGGAGUUCUCAGACAAGUACAAGGCACAGACACAGUGGGUCACGGAGUACCAAGCCAUGUUACAUGUUCCAGUGGAGCCAAAAAGCGAACUCUAUGAGAAGAAGGCUCAGUUGUCCAAAUACAAGUCCAUACAACAGACUGUUCUGUCCCAUGAGCCUUCAAUAAAAUCAGUGACUGAAAAGGGAGAAGUACUUUUCGAUCUGGUGAAUGAUGUAACUCUAAAGAACAACAUUCAAGACCUUCAGAGCAGUUACCAGGAACUCUGCAGCAGAACAAAGGCAUAUGUUGAAACCUUAGAGGCGAGAGUAAAAGAACAUGAAGAUUACAAUAGUGAUUUGCAAGAAGGGGAGAAAUGGUUAUUACAUAUGUCCAGCAGGCUGGUCAGCCCUGACCUCAUGGAGAGUAACAAUCUUGAAAUAAUCACUCAGCAACUAGCUAACCACAAGGCUAUCAUGGAAGAAAUUGCAGGAUUUGAAGAUCGUUUGAACAGCCUUAAGAGUAAAGGCGAUUACUUGAUCAAUCAGUGCACAGAACAUCUUCAAGCAAAAUUUAAACAAAACAUACAAAGCCAUCUUCAGGGGACAAAGGACAGCUAUUCUGCCAUAUGUAGCACAGCCCAAAGAGUGUACCAGAGUUUGGAACAUGAACUCCAGAAGCAUGUUAAUCAUCAGGAUACCCUACAACAGUGCCAGACUUGGCUGUCUACAGUGGAGUCAGAGCUAAAGCCAACUACCUGGCCACCUUUCAGCCUGGCAGAUGCAGUUAAACAGGUGAAACAUUUCCGGGCUGUGCAGGAGCAGGCCAAUACAUACUUGGAUCUUCUGUGCUCCAUGUGUGAUCUGUCAGAUGCCACAGUGAAGAGUACAGCAACAGAUAUUCAACAAACAAAACAAACGAUUGAGCAACAAAUAAUGCACUCACAGUAUUUGGCUCAAGGUUGGGAAGAGAUCAAACAAAUGAAGGCUGAGCUCUGGAUAUAUUUCCAGGAUGCAGAUCAACAACUACAGAAUUUGAAAAGGAGACGAGCGGAGUUGGAGCUAAACAUUGCCCAGAAUAUGGUACUCCAAGUUAAGGAAUUCAGUCAGAAGUUGCAGUCUAAGCAGUCAGCUCUUACCUCUGUAACUGAGAAGAUGAACAAACUAACCCAAGGACAAGAAUCACCUGAGCACAAGGAAAUAGGAGAGCUGAGCAACCAGUGGCUGGACCUCUGCCUUCAGGCACACAGUUUGCUCAUACAGAGGGAGGAGGAUCUGCAGAGGACGGGGGUUUAUCAUGAUCGCAUGAAUGUAGUUGAAGUUUUCUUGGAAAAGCUCACAAAAGAGUGGGACAACCUGGCUAGAUCUGAUGCUGAAAGUACAAACGUGCACCUUGAAGCUUUGCAAAAAUUGGCAUUGGCACUACAGGAAAGGAGAUUUGCUCUGGAAGAUUUGAAAGAUCAGAAACAGAAGAUGAUAGAACAUCUGAAUCUUGAUGACAAAGAAUUAGUAAAGGAGCAAUUUGGUCAUUUCGAGCAACGCUGGACUCAGCUGGAGGACCUUGUCAAAAGGAAAAUUCAAGUUUCUGUUUCAACCUUAGAAGAGCUCAGUUUGGUGCAUUCCAAAUUUCAGGAACUAAUGGAGUGGGCAGAGGAGCAGCAACCUAGUAUCUCAGAGGCUCUUAAACAGAGCCCUCCUCCAGAUUUGGCUCAGAGUCUUCUCAUGGAUCAUCUUACCAUUUGCAGCGAGCUUGAAGCCAAACAGCUUGUUCUGAAGACGCUUGUGAAGGAUGCUGACAGGGUGAUGACCAACCUAGGGCUCAAUGAAAGGCAGGAGCUGCAGAAAGCACUUUCUGAUGCACAGCACCAUGUAGAUUGUCUCAGCGAUCUGGUUGGCCAGAGGAGAAAGCACCUGAAUAAAGCACUGUCUGAAAAGACCCAGUUUCUUAUGGCAGUCUUUCAGGCUACAAACCAAAUUCACCAGCAUGAGAAGAAGGUAACAUUUCCGGAACACAUUUGUCUGUUGCCGGAAGAUGUGAACAAACAGAUCAGGACUUGUAAGAAUGCCCAGGCUAACCUGAAGGCCUGCCAAAAUGAAGUCACGGGGUUGUGGGCUCAAGGAAGAGAUUUAAUGAAAGAAGCAACAGAACAAGAAAAGAGUGAAGUGUUAGGUAAACUGCAAGAACUACAGAACGUGUAUGACACUGUUUUACAAAAGUGUAACCAGAGAUUGUUGGAACUGGAGAAAAAUGUAGUUUCCAGGAAAUAUUUCAAAGAAGACUUGGAUAAAGCUUGCCAUUGGCUAAAACAAGCUGAUAUUGUCACAUUCCCAGAAGUCAAUGUAAUGAAUAGUAACUCUGAACUGUACACGCAGUUGGCAAAGUAUCAACAGAUUCUUGAGCAAUCUCCAGAGUAUGAAAAUCUGUUACUUGCACUGCAAAGAGAUGGCCAAGAAAUCCUACCAUCACUUAAUGAAGUAGAUCAUUCUUAUCUGGAUGAAAAACUUAACAUUCUCCCUCAGCAAUUCAACAUUGUCACUGCUCUGGCAAAAGAAAAAUUAUAUAAGGUUCAGGAAGCAAUUUAUGCCAGAAAGGAGUAUGCCUCUUUGAUUGAGCUGACAAGCAAAGCUCUGACUGAGCUAGAGGAUCAGUUUAUUAACAUGGACAAAGCUCCAGCUGCUGUUUUAGCCAAAGAAGCUGUGUCACUCCAGCAGGCCUACAGAGAUCUCUUAGGUGAAGUGGUGAGCCUUGGUGCAGCAGUGGAUGAACUAAACCAGAAGAAGGAGGCCUUUCGAAGCACUGGACAGCCAUGGCAACCAGAUGAGAUGCUAAAACUUGUCACGCUGUAUCACAAGUUCAAGAGGCAAAUAGAACAGAAAAUCAACCUGUUAGAAGACACAAUAGAAGCAUGCCAGGAGCAUGAGAAAAUGUGUGUGCAGUUUGAGGCACAACUAGAGGCAGUGAAGAAGGAGCAGAUUAAGGUAAAUGAAGAAACCCUCCCAAUAGAAGAAAAGUUGAAAAUAUACCAUUCUCUGGUGGGCAGCUUGCAAGACUCGGGGAGUCUUCUGAAGCGAAUAACUGAACAUCUAGAAGCCCUUUCUCCUCAGCUUGAUUCAUCUGCAUGUGAGACAACAAAUCACCAAGUGCAGUCUUGGCAAGAGAAACUAAAGUCUUUGCACGCUGCCAUUGGUGACACCGUGAUGGAGUGCGAGAACAGACUCGUGCAAAGCAUAGACUUCCAGACAGAAAUCUGCCGGUCACUUGACUGGUUGAGAUGGGUGAAAGCAGAACUUAAUGGAACAUUAUGUUUGGACCUCAAACUGCAAAGCAUCCAAGAAGAAAUCCGAAAGGUUCAGAUACAUCAGGAAGAAGUGCAGUCAAGCCUGAGAAUAAUGAAUGCACUGAGCAAUAAAGAGAAAGAGAGAUAUAUGAAAGCAAAGGAGCUGAUACCUGCUGACCUGGAAAACACUCUUGCUGAGCUGACGGAACUAGAUGGUGAAGUUCAAGAAGCUAUACACAUGAGACAGGCUACCUUGAAUAAAUUAUAUAGCCUCUGCCAAAGAUACUACCAAGUGAUGCAGAUAGCAAAUGACUGGCUUGAAGAUGCUCAGGAAUUUCUACAUUUAGCAAGAAAUGGUCUUGAUGUUGAGAACUCUGAGGAGAACCUAAGGAACCACAUUGAAUUUUUCAGCACAGAAAGUCAGUUCAGUAAUCAUUUGAAGGAGUUGCAGGGCCUUGUGUCAGAGAUAGAGCCCUUUAUCCAAGCCACAGCAAGAGAGCAGCUGAUGCAGAAUGUAGCUGCAUUGGAGGAAAAGGCCAAAGGGACAAAGCAAGAAGCCAAAACCCAGCAAGAGCAGUUGCAAAGGUGUGCUUCUGAGUGGCAGGAGUACCAGACAGCAAGACAGAAGGUUAUUGAAGUGAUGAAUGAGGCUGAGAAAAAAUUAUCUGAAUUCUCAGUAGCUAAAGCUGCUUCUUCUCAUGAAUCAGAAGAGAAAUUGCUAACACAUAAGACUCUUGUGUCUGUAGUGAAUUCUUUCCAUGAGAAGAUCACAGCCCUAGAAGAAAAGGCUUCGCAGCUGGAAAAAGUUAGCAAUGAUGCCAGUAAGGCAACUAUAAGUAGAUCCAUGACAACAGUUUGGCAGCGCUGGACACGGCUCCGGAAUGUUGCCCAAGAACAAGAGAAAAUUUUGGAAGAUGCAGUGCAGGAAUGGAAGGCCUUUAAUGAUAAGAUUCAAAAAGCCACCAUAGCAAUAGAUCAGUUACAAGGUCGCUUACCAGAAAGCUCAGUGGAAAAGGCAUCCAAGACAGAGCUCCUGGAACUCCUGGAUUACCACAGUAGUUUCCUUUUGGAGGUGGAGCACCAGCUGUCAUCUUUGGGCCUGCUCAAACAGCAUGCUGUCAGCAUGCUUCAGGAUGUGGAAAUAAAGCCUCUGUCUCAGGAGGAACUACCAGUCAUGCAAGAACUCAAAGCAAUGCAAGAUCGAUGCCACAAUAUGCAACAGAAAGUGAAAAAAGGUGUGAAGACGGUGAAACAGGAGCUGAAGGAGCGUGAGGAGGUUGAAGCAGAGAUUAAUAUUGUGAAGUCCUGGAUCCAGGAAACAAAAGAAUAUUUAUUGAGCCCUGAUGUAGAAAUGGAUACUCAACUUCAGGAGUUGCAGUCUCUCUUUGGUGAAGUAACUACUCAUCGCCAGGCUGUUGAAAAAAUGGCUGAACAACAACAGAAUAAGUACUUGGGGCUUUAUACCAUUUUGCCUUCUGAACUCUCUCUUCAUUUAGCAGAAGUUGGGCUGGCCCUUGUAACUGUACAAGAUCAGAUUCAAACCAAAGAAAGAGAAACUCAGCAGAUCAAAACAUUGAAUCAAGAGUUUGGUCAGAAAAUCCAGGGGAUAGCAAAUGAACUAAAUGCCAUUCUUUCCAAACUGAAAAAGAAAACAAAUGAUAUAGCACAAGCUAAACUUGAACAAAAGAUCCUCGGUGAAGAGUUGGACAGCUGCAAUAUAAAGUUGUUGGAAUUAGAUGCAUCAGUCCAGGACUUUGCAGAGCAGAACGUACUGCUGGCUAAGCAGCUGGCUAACAGAAUAGGGAAACUUACUGCAUUGCACCAACAGACCAUACAGCAGGCUGAGCACAGAGCAGCCAAGCUCAGUCAGGCUUCUUCACACUUGGAAGAAUACAAUGAGAUGCUGGAGUUUGUACUGAAAUGGAUUGAGAAAGCAAAUAUCCUAGUGCACGGUAGUAUAACAUGGAAUUCUUCCUCUCAGCUUCGUGAUCAGUUUAAAGCCUACCAGACUAUGCUUGAUGAGUCCGGAGAGAUUCAUGGUGAUCUUGAGGCCAUGAAUGAGAGGAUUGAGUAUCUGACAAGUGUAUACUGUACUGAAGGAAUGUCGCAGCAAGUGCUGGAACUGGGGCGGCGGACAGAGGAGUUACAGCAAGUUAUCAAAGUGCGGCUACCAAAUCUCCAAGAUGCUGCUAAGGACAUGAAGAAAUUUGAAGUUGAGCUGAGAGCCCUACAGGCUGCUCUGGAGCAAGCCCAAGCCACGCUGACCUCUCCAGAGCUCGGGCAUUUGAGCUUGAAAGAGCAACUUUCUCACAGACAGCAUCUGUUGUCUGAAAUGGAGUCACUGAAGCCAAAGGUUCACGCAGUACAAGUCUGCCAGAGUGCCCUGAGGAUUCCUGAAGAGGUGGUCACCGGCCUGCCAAUGUGCCACAGUGCCCUCCGGCUCCAGGAGGAGGCCAGCCGCCUGCAGCACACUGCCAUUCAGCAGUGCAACAUCAUGCAGGCAACAGUGGUUCAGUAUGAGCAAUAUGAGCAAGAAAUGAAACAUUUACAGCAAAUGAUAGAGAGCACCCAUCGUGAGAUCCAAGACAAGCCAAUAGCAACCAGCAACAUCCAGGAACUCCAGGUCCAGAUUUCACGUCAUGAGGAGCUGGCUCAGAAGAUCAAAGGAUAUCAGGAGCAAAUUGCUGCUUUGAAUUCGAAGUGCAAGAUGCUGACAAUGAAAGCAAAACAUGCCACCAUGCUGCUGACAGUGACAGAAGUGGAGGGGCUUUCAGAGGGGAUGGAGGAGCUGGAUUCAGACCUGCUCCCAGCAUACCCCGCUCAUCCCUCGGUGGUUAUGAUGACUGCUGGUCGCUGUCACACGCUGCUCUCCCCUGUCACUGAAGAGUCUGGGGAGGAGGGAACCAACAGUGAGAUUUCCUCUCCACCUGCCUGUCGCUCUCCCUCACCUGUGGCUAAUACAGAUGCUUCUGUUAACCAGGACAUUGCUUAUUACCAAGCCUUAUCUGCUGAACAGUUGGCCUUAUCUGCUGAACAGUUGCAGACAGAAGCUGCUAAAAUUCAACCCAGCACUUCAGCCACCCAGGAGUUCUAUGAACCAAGCUUAGAAUCAGCUGCUAGUGCCAAAUUGGACGAUUUGCAGCGUUCUUGGGAAACACUGAAAAAUGUGAUCAGUGAAAAGCAGCGCACCCUCUAUGAAGCUCUUGAGCGUCAACAGAAAUAUCAGGACACACUCCAGUCUAUAUCCACAAAAAUGGAGACCACUGAGAUCAAACUAAAUGAGAGUCUGGAACCAGCCAAAAGCCCAGAGAGCCAGAUGGCUGAACAUCAGGCUUUGAUGGAUGAGAUUUUAAUGUUACAAGAAGAAAUCACUGAGCUUCAGACAUCAUUAGCCCAGGAGCUGGUUUCAGAACCACUGGAUGCAGAGGCUGCUGAUCAGCUGGCAUUGCAGUCUACUCUCACGGUCUUGGCAGAACGAAUGGCCACAAUUCGAAUGAAGGCAUCAGGAAAACGACAAUUAUUAGAGGAAAAACUGAAUGAGCAGCUGGAAGAACAGCGGCAAGAGCAGGCUCUUCAAAGGUACCGUUGUGAAGCUGAUGAGCUUCACCACUGGCUACUCAAUACCCGAGCAACGCUGGACACCGCUCUGGUUACUGCUGAGGAACCUAUGGACAUGGAAGCACAGCUGGUAGACUGUCAGAACAUGCUGGUUGAAAUAGAGCAGAAGGUGGUAGCCUUGUCAGAGUUGUCCGUGCACAAUGAGAACUUGCUUAUGGAGGGGAAGGCUCACACCAAGGACGAGGCAGAGCAGCUGGCUGUGAAGCUCAGGACACUGAAGGGCAGCCUUCUGGAGCUGCAGAGAGUGCUCCACGACAAACAGAUCAACAUUCGGCAAGGAUCAUUACAAGAAAAGGAGGAGAGUGAUCUGGACUUUGUUUCCUCACAAAGCCCCAGUGUCCAAGAAUGGCUGGCACAAGCAAGAACCACUCGCUCACAGCAGCACCAGAGCACCCUGCAGCAACAGAAAGAGCUGGAACAAGAGCUAGAAGAGCAGAAGAAUCUGCUUCGGUCAGUAGCAUGCCGUGGAGAAGAAAUCCUAACACAGCAAGGUGCUUCAGAAGGCCUAUGUAUAAGUGAGAAGCUGGAUACACUCUCUGAGGAAUUAGGCUUGGAAGGUGAGAAGCCAUCAUCUGAAGAACAGAUGAAGAUGAAAUGGGAAAGCCUGAACCAGGAAUUCAAUACCAAGAAGAGACUGCUCCAGAAAGCUUUGGAACAAGAACAAUUGCAGCUUUAUAGCAGACCGAACAGACUGCUAUCUGGAAUGCCUUUGUAUAAGGAGGAAGGACAGGAUGAGGAUAAAUCCUCAGUGUCACCAGUAUUGGUUGAAUUGAAUCAGGCCUUUGAAGAUGUGUCAUCUGAGGCUGGACAGGUGGAGGAGAGCCUGCAUCUUGAACAGAAGCUGUAUGAUGGUGUUGCAGCCACCUCCUUGUGGCUAGAUGGUGUGGAAGAACAGGUAUUUGUUGCUACAGCUCUGUUGCCAGAGGAAGAAACAGAAACAUACCUCUGCAAGCAAGAG